AUGUCUGUCAUCACCGACUUUGCGACGCCGCAGCUGCUACCGCUCAGCGAGCCAUCGCGGCCGACGCAACCCCCUCGCAUCCCCGAACGAAGGUCCAGGAUCGCAUUCACAACGGUGGCGGCGCAACCACAGUCGACCGCUCCACCGCCCACCCGCAGCAACCGAUCCACCACGGCUGAGCAACAGCAAUGGAUCGCGACGUCGCAUUUCUUCCCGGCCGCUUGGCCACGGUCGCACGCACGGUCCGCCAGGUCUGACACGCACCAGCCGCUGCCAGCCCGCAGCCGACCUUUCGCCGCGCUGCCCAUCGACCCUCAGCAGGCCAAGGCCGAGGAGAAGCGGCAGCGUGAGUCUGACUUUGCCGUGUGGAAGCAGCACAUCGGCUCGAAGGAGCGGUCCGGAGCCACUAUCCAGGAGCUCCGUGAGCAGGGCGCGGCGCGCAACCACGCAUCGCGGCUUGAGCAGGCGCGCAGGGACAACGAGGAGCAGCUCUGGGCUUGCGUCCAGCGCAUCGUUCCCUCUGAGCCGUCCCACGACGCCAGUGCGGGACAGGAGGGGUACACGCUCAUCGUGUCUCACGCCAACGGGCUGCACAAGGAGCUUUGGGAGCCGGCGCUGUCCCACAUCGUUCAGACGCUCUCGCUGCCCGCCGCAGAUGGCGCCGAGGGAGACGGACGGCAGCGACGAACAGGAUCGCCGGUCCGGAUUGACGAGAUCUGGAGCUUCGACUGCACCCACUCUGGCGAGGCGGCCAGCGUCAACCGCGACCGGCUGGGCGACGUCGUCUCCUGGUUCGACCACCCGCGCGACGUGAUGCAGUUCCUCGACCACUUCCUGCCGCCGCCGCCGUCGUCGUCGUCGUCGAUGAGCGGCGUGCAGCGGUGGCACCCGACGAUGUUGCCGCGCACCGACGGCAGGGCGCACGCGCAAAAGCGCAAGUUUAUCCUGCUGGGCCACUCGUUUGGCGGCACGACGAUGGCGACGCUGGCAGAGUGCCGGCCGGACUCGUUUGCCGGGUUGGUGCUGGUGGACCCGGCGAUGCCCGAUGACGAGGCGCGCGCCUCCAAGGUGACCUUUGACCCUGAGGCGGUGCCGCUUGCGCGCGGAGCCGUGGCGCGGCGGGAUGCGUUUGGCUCUGCGAGCGAGGUGCGUGGGUACUGCGAGUCGAAGCCCUACUUUGGCGCCUGGGACGCCAAGGUGCUCAACCUGCACCUGCGCUUCGGCAUCCGGCCCAUGUCGGUGGCGCUGGAGCGGGCGGUGACGGUGGACGACCUGGAAGACGACGAGCGCAAGCGGCAGGCGGUGACGUGGUCCAACCCAAAGUGGCUCGAGGCGGAUGCGUUUGCCCAGACGUGGAUGAGCCUGUAUACACUCACGUCGCUCGAGGCUGGACGCAGGACUCGGGCAUGGACGUGCCACCUGUCGAUGCGCGGCGGCAAGACGAGCCUGGUCAAGCAGAUCCCGGGCGUCCCGUGCGUGCCCCUGGACGGCAACCACCUGGUGGUGCAAGAGGAGCCGCGCAAGAUUGGAGAGGCCGUGGCGCGCGUCAUCCUCGAGAAAGCCACGGGCGCCGGCGACGAGGCCAAGCUGCUCUCGACGGUGGCCAAGCCCCGGCUGUAA